AUGGAGUCGAUUUCGUCGUUGCGUUCAAUACUUAUCUCGACGCUCACUGGCGGUGAUUCUCAGGAUGGAGAACAAGAACUGUUUGACGAACUCUCGUCUAACAAAAAGCGUCUUCUGAACGUCUUUGACUUUGGUCCGAGGAACGCUGAGGAGCAACGAGAGAUUGAGUCUGGAAAGGUGACAGUGGAUGGCCGAUCGCUCUCAGUUAACGCCGAAUUUGCUCGCCAUGUCGCAUUCAUUUCUCAGCAAGUGAAUUGUUCGGAACGCUUUGUUGCUGCCGUCCUGCACUAUGUGCUUUCCAAGAACCCGACGAUCGAUAAAGUCGAAGCUGUUGAACAGUCCGUUCUUGCAUACCAUCAGCUACGACGCGAACUUGCAGAUUGUCUGCGUUUUGUGUUUGAAACUGCGGCAAAAGCUGAAGAGCCAGUUGCAUUGCCCAUUCAUGCCCUCCUUAACGACUUCGUUAGACGACAACUCAUCGAAACUGCGGGACAUGGCUCGAUUACGCACCGUAUUUUUGUGGAAAUCGUCAACUUGGACACGGCGAUUGCAGCUGCGAGAAUUGCGGUCACUAAUGCAGUCUCGACAACCAAUAUCCCGGGACCACAAGCUGGUAAUGCCAACCUUGGACAACCGAUACUCCAGGCUCGUUUGGAGUCUCUUCUCUACGAACGACGCAAUCUCGCUAUUGCAUUUUACUUUAUUGCGAGAUCAGGGUACCUCGCAUCAGCUGAACUGUGUCAGGUCCUGGAAUGGCUUAUAAACAAUCCUAAGAGUGAAAUGGCGCUUUACAUUCUUUCAGCUUUCUUCGCUUCGCUCGACUUGUCACAUUCUCAACGUGAAUCGCGAAGUGCGCAGCUGCGAAUAUCAAUCACCAAGGAUGCUGCCGUCGUAUCUUUUGUUAAAGCGAAACUUGCUCCCACUACGGAAUGGAAGGACACGUCGCUAAAAGCUGCCGUGAGCCUCAAAUGGACAUUGUUUCUAGCAGAAGUGCGGUAUCGAGACACAUCUCUGGAACAUGUGGAGGGGUUUAGGAAUGAGGAUUUGACCAUGCAGGUGUUUAACGCUAUUCAAGCCGACGCCUUUUCUUUCCUGUUGCGCAUCGUCUCUCAAUUGAAUGCGGACCGUAGCGUGUCAAGCCAACUUCUUACAAAUAGUAUCGCUCCCGGCACCGCAAUAGGAGAGGCGAACGAGGCGAACGGAUCAAUGUCCAAUGAGUUCAAGGGGAACUUACUUCAUGAGAUUGAGCUGCUACUGCGAUCACUUCUUACGCAUGCGCCAGCAGAGCUUCGCAAGGUCAAACACAAGCAGGAAGACCAGUUUCGACCACGGGCGGAUAGGCAUGCACGGAGUGGGUAUAGGCCAACUGAGCCUAGUGUGGAGACCUCUCCACCACGGAACGAUAUUGCGAUCCUCUUCCAACUGCUCGGUCAACUUUAUUCUGUGUUGCCCGAAGAUAGCGCAAUUCAAUUCUGGGGAGGCGCCCCACGUUCGGAUUUCCCCGAAUAUUACGAGGUCACAGAAGCAGAGACUGGUAGACUACCAUCCUUCCUUAGAUGGGCAGUUGAAGUACGCGAACCGGACCUUAUUAUCUGCGUAUUCGAUAUGCUUGCUGGUCUCUCUACUGGAGUUGCCUGUGCUGAAUGCGCGUACAACUUUAUGGCAAUGGGAUCUCUGGAUGUCGUUCAUGGCGUUGGGCUGGACAGUAGGCGAUAUGAAGCAGCAACUGUCUUCACAUGGAGAAGCAUCUUCGGCGAGCUGGAAAGCUGGUCUGCACUAGGCACAAAUCAACGUCCUCAGCACGGCGUGGCACCUGCUCAAUUACAAAUCGCACCUACAGAUGUGCUUUUGGGACUCGCAUUCCUCAAAUUCACUGCCGCUGUUGCGGAACACUCUGUACAAGCACGCAUUGCUAUCGCAACGCACCCUCAGUAUCGCACAAUCAGCUGCUUAGUUUCGCUCAUUCCGCUCGGUGUCCCACUUGAGCUCAAGGGUGCUAUCUUCGAAACACUCUCAGCAUUCUGUCACCCAGGUGCAGGCAUGCAAGGCGUAGACAUCUGCAAGAAUGUGUGGGCGCAGAUGGAACGGCUUGAGGUCAUCAACGUACGAGGUGGGGGUUUUGCAUCCAAAGGAGUCGAAGUUGAGCUUGAGGAGGUGGAGUCUGUUCACCGAGUUUAUCCAGCGACCAUCGCAUUCCUCGAACUUUUAUGCACCUUGAUCCACACUCCGAAGCGUGUGCCCCUUAAGAACAGAGUUACUGAACCCGAGCCUGUAAACACUGUUCCCGAAAAUUUUGGGCAGCCAUAUCGAACACUUGGAAUCGGACCUUACGUUAGCUUCGUGGUGGACAAUGUACUGGCCAAGCUCCCUCGACGUGAAUUCUUGGCCAUUUCGGAUUCAUGGAAAAUGGCCGACCUCUCCUUCUGUUUCCUCGAAAGAUGCCUUGCAAGCUACGAUUUGGAGUCGCUACCAGGCUUGGCGGAGGAGUACACUAUCAAGGGUCCAGAGGUCCUUACUCCCCUUGUGCAUCACCCAGGAUUUGAUGUUCUUAGCCGCAUGCUCUCCGAAACGCAGCUUCGAACAACUUUGCUCACGUAUGUCGUAGAAGGUGCCGAAGAACUGCCGCGGCAACCCAUAACAUCGCGUUUUAUCAACGUCAUUUUACGAGUACUUCGAAUUGCGGACAGAGUGCUCGAAAUCGAGGAUCUCUUCCUUGACCACCUCGUACCCGCUGUUUCGGACUUUGAUGAUAUCGUCAUUGCAGGUACACGAGUUUCUCAGAGCUUCCUUUCCCGGAUCGGCCAGGGCCUCUCACUUGACCGCAGAUCCAUCCCUGCCAUCGGGUCAUACGCGACCUGCUUGACGAACUCGGAGAUCAAGUACAUGGCCGUAAAGAUUUUGUCCUCCUUGUCCCAGUCGCCGUCUUUCCAAAGCAUCGCCUCUCUCAUUGAACGAAGCCAAGAAUCUACGAUCAUACUCGAUGGCUUCGUAGAUUUACUAGGAAACGAUAGCACGGAUGACGCCAGUGAUGCUGAGGAAUGGGCGGAUCUCUGGACAGGCGCUGGAGCACCGGAUUUAGAGGGAGAGCAGGACUUAUUUGCUCAAGCUAUUCAAUUGGCGAUCCUGGACUUAUUACUUCGUGGCACAAAACGCAGCAAAUCUUCUUCACUCGCUUUUCUCUUAUUGUUUGGAAAGACCUCACCAGACGGUCAGGUUCAAGAUCCGCACGCACUGGGCUCGAGGGAACUAUGCUUGCAUGUCAUUCUGAAGCUUUUGAACCGAGGGAUACCUCGCUUAACCGAGAAGAGCAGGGACAGAGAACGCUACGAUGCAAAGACACCUUUGUUCGAGUCUCAGCCUGUCCUUGCCGAGAGGUUGUACAAACUCGUAUACCAGCUUUGUGAACAUCCACGGACGAGUGCACCGAUGAUGCUUUACUUGCGGACACGGGAAGACUUCUUCGCCCGUCACCUGGCUGCAAUGGCUGUACAUGCGCCUACUGACAAUCGAGCGCCAGUCAUCGAGGUGGCAUACAACGAUGGUUCCCGUGUAGUGACAACAUGCACAUCGGCAAAAGCUUUUCUACAAUUACAUUCUUGGUUGCUUGACCUUGUUUCACUGGAAUUGCAUGUUUUGACGAACAAAGGGCAGAAUCAGCGCGUAAAGGAGCUUCUCGAUCUACUUUUUGGAACUACUGAGACGUAUCAUGGGCCGGAGACCGACUGGGAACACGACAUGUUCCAGCCAUUCAAUGACGUUGGCCAAUCACGUAUACGAAUAAUUGAAAUAUUCCAGUCGCUUGAAUUUGAGUGGUAUGACAGUGUCACCGUCACGCCUGUCGACCUCCAAUUUUAUGGGGCACUAAACCUUCAAUCCUGCAUCCGUACGGAUGAAAGUGGCUGUGAAGUUGUUGAUCGCGCCGCACUGUUUGAGCUUCUAAGCAACGCUCGUAGAGUGCUGGUGCGUCAAGGCCAGGUCGUCAAUGCCCUCCACAGCGCACAACUGGACGCGGAAACUAAAUAUGUUCUGGAAAGCUGCGUCGUCGAGAAUAACCGACGUGAAGUCCAGUUUGCUCUCGGACUGGGAUAUGAAUCGUGGAAAAAACUUCUAGACGUGGUACUUACUAAGUGCUUCAAUCGUAUCUCGCAUGAUCAGCGAGAGAAUAUCCUCUUCGACCUGUUGCAUGUAGUCCCUCCAGCGAUCCACAACAACGCCCUUCCUGAAUCGUCCGCUACGCUUCUCGCCGAAUCCCUGCUCCUUCUUGUCACAAAACUCAGAGAAGAGCGUAAGCAGGUGCAAUUGCUGUCCGCAUCCGACUCAAUGGAAUCAAGUGCCUUGCCUGUUGAACGGAUGGCCGCAUUAUUGCGUCAUAUUCUGGAUUGUAUACUUGAGAGUCAUAGAGGUGACCUUGUGCGAGGAAAUCUUUACGCUGCCCUGAUUAACUUCGUUCAUCUGGCUGCUCCUUUGCCUGGUAAUCCUGCGCCGCCCAAGCAUAUCGGUUUGUCCCGAGAGGCGUCCUUAUCGAAUCUAACGUCUUCACUAUCAUUGUUGGGGAGUGACGUCCGGCACGCCAAUGGGCACUCUACAUCUCUUGAAGCCAAUUGCUUCGCUGUUAUCAAGCCUGUCAUGGAGCGCCUCAUAACGACGAUCUCAAAGGAUGCAAUAGACGGGACUGAAGUUUGGAAGACCAUAGCAUUCACGUUACUUGAAUCACUAACGAGAAUGUCGCACCUCGACUCCAGAAAUAGCAUCUUCAAUACGCUUGAUCGAUAUGGCCUACUGUCAAAUUUCGUGCACAGCAUUGGGGAAGCAAAUUCCACUUUGCAGGAUGUUUUACAACCAGAACCAGAUGAUCUUAAUCCUCUUUACGUAUACGAAACAAAGGUGACAUUCUUCAUCCGGCUUUCGCAGAGUCGGCAAGGCUCCGAAAGGCUUCUGGAGAGUCGGAUUCUUCCUGUUCUCUCACAUGUCGAUUUCUUGGAUUCAAGACCGGAACCGGGCGACUCGGCACUUGAUCAUGACAGCUUCCUGCCAUCUACACUGAGUCGAUAUCACCAACUUUUCGUCCCAGCCUUACAGCUAGCCACUGGGUUAGUUGCCACUCUGGGCUCCAAACAUGCAGUGGUAUCGAAACAGAUUCUUGACUUUAUUCAUAGUCACAGAGAUACGCUGGUAAUCAUGCUCAAGCAAGAUGCAUCGCUAUUCGCUCUUUCGUCGAUUCAAGAGUUGGAUUUGAUAAUUUCUCUUUGUGCUCUGGUCGUGCCGUCUGUCCCGCAGACCGACUUCGUUGCGACGAACUCUGGUUUCGGGAGCUUGCACAAUGCAAUCCUCGCCGUGGCAGCGAGAAUACUUGGUAGCGGGAGAUGGUUGAGCUUGGUUCGGCCUUCUGAUGAAACUGAAGCGAUUGAGUCCAAUAUGCGUGGCUCUGAGUACGGGGUUGAAGGCUCGAAGUUUGAUCACCGGGUUCGUCAAGUAACCCAGAGCCUGCGAAGAUCAACCGUGAACUAUUUAUCAGUGGCAAGUAGUAUCUUAGAUGCUGAACUAAUCGUCGUCCUUUCACCCACGUUAACACCCCGCGAUGAGCGAACAUCUGUGGCAUUGCCGAGUCUCAAAGACGCGAUUGAUUUCCUAGAUAAUAUUUGCGACGAAUUACUCGGGACGAUGCAAGAGAUAGUAGACGCGGCAUCGGAGCUGGAACGUCGAGAUCACAUUCGGGUUGACCGGAUCGAAGAGCUUGUCGACGAUGUAGAACCCGAUGUCCUGCGCAAGCUUGAUAUCAAUCAACGUCGAGCAUUUGUUUGUAGGAUUCUCGAACGAUCAAUUGCAUCCAGAAGGGCGCAGGUCGAAAGCAUCUUGUCAACUGUUGAAAUUCUUCUUCAUCUUCUCUGGAGGCAUCUAUGUUACUAUGCGUCCGGUCAAGCUCCGUCAGGGUCCACGUUUGACCGACAACGCCCAUUCAGCAAUCCCCAACCAUCGUUAUCAGCAUCACAGGCGCAUCUCAAAACCUCAACGCUUCGUUUCCUUUCUAUGCCUGACGUGCAAUCAUUCCGCUCGGAAGCCUCUGCUUUCUUAACAAAAAUUCUUGAGAAGGUAGAUGGAAUUGAGCUUAGCGAAGAGCUCGCGGGAAGGAGUUGGCGAUCGAGCCAAACAUAUUUGGAAAUUAUGAGUCGGUGCUUACGAGAAGCAGUGGCGACGGGUGCACCCUCACCUGAUGAUAGACGGGAGUGA